AUGAAUAUCCCGGCCAAGAAUAAUAAACCUGCUCGUGAUGUAAUUCUUCUACCACGUCGACAGCAGAUCGGUGAAAUAUUGAAAACAGUUUUAUCCAAAAUUCCAGAUGAUGGUAAACGUCUGUCAGAUAAUGAAUGUGUUAAAACAUUACAUGAAACGAAUCUUUGGAUAUCAAGAAACAGAAUACAAAUGAUUUUAGGGUUAUUAGGUGAUGGUAAAUGUUUUUAUGAUGUUGUUGAUGAAGUGUCAUUAAGCGAACAAGAAGUUGAUGAUGAACCACCUCCUGCAACUCGUCCAAUUCUAAAAGAAACCAAAGCAACCGAACAGGGUAAAAAAGAAGCUGGUUCUGAGACCUUUUCUUAUCGAAAGAUGAGUUAA